GCAGACUUCUGGCUGGCUGAACCUUGUUCACAUUUCAAGCAAACAAGCAGGUAACACUAUACCCUCAUUUCAUAUUUUUUCUUUGGAGGUGGCUCAAGCGUUCUGCAAGACAGCUGCUACCAGCAGCUUGGGAACCAACAAAAUUAGCAAAUUAAAUAUUCAACAGGAGGUGCACUAAGAUUUCACUCACUCGCCAACCCGAAACUCAGAUAGCAAAACAAGAUGUGGGGACUUUCUCUGCCAGACAGAUGGAAUAACAUAACAAAAAAGACUUGAAGACCAUCAUAUUUCUAGAACGGAGAGGAGAAAAAGAAGGGUAACAGCAGUGAAGCAGUCGGAGAGAGAGGAAGAAAUGGAAAACUCUGGUGACUAAUGAGAGGAGGUGUUGAGCUGUCCUGAGAGGCACCACCACUAGAUUAUGGACUCAUCCAGACCAGACCUUCUGUUAGGUUCCUUAUUUGAGCAACAGGAGCUGUUUCACACAGACGGGUUUUCUGGAUCUGAUGCUAGCACAUUCCCUCUCUCUGAGGCCCAUGGCUUCCCAGCUGAGAAGUUAUAUGACGAUUGGACAAUGAAUGAAAAAACGGGACUGAGCGAGCGAGAAGAUGCAGAUGAAUUCCUACAAAUGAUGAUCAACCCUAAUGAGGUUUACAGCACAGGUGGGACAGUUACUAGUUCAUCUCCUGAGAGUGACAGUGGCUUUUCAGACGAUCCCCAGCCAGACACUCCCACGCAGAAUGAGACAAGUACUCCACUGCCCCAGCCCACCCCUGUGUACGAACUGGUAUAUGAUGUCAGCUCUUUGGACAGAAGAAGAGUACAGAGUGAAAUGAGCAGUGUCAUUUCUAUACAGCUAGCAGAAGAUUGGACCACCCCGGUGGUAAUACCAGAGAGCUGUUUAUUGAAUGAGGUGCCCCCUAUUCACACAUCAGCCUUGUUUAAGCCUGCAGUGUUACCCGUCAGAAUGACUUCAUCUGACCUGCUCUCUGUAGAGUCUUUGUACCCAGAACUGCACCUAACUGAUGAGGAGAAAAGACUUCUGACUCAAGAGGGUGUGGCGCUCCCCAGUAACUUGCCACUCACCAAGGCAGAGGAACGUAUCUUGAAGAAGGUGAGAAGAAAGAUAAGAAACAAGCAGUCAGCACAGGACAGCCGGAAACGCAAGAAAGAAUAUAUCGAUGGACUGGAAAGCAGAGUUGCUGCUUGCUCUGCACAGAAUCAGGAGCUACACAAAAAGGUUGUGGAGCUGGAAAAACACAAUGUAUCACUGAUCACCCAGCUCCGCAAGCUGCAGACACUCAUCAAACAAACAUCUAACAAGGCUGCGCAGACCAGCACCUGUGUUCUGAUUCUCGUCUUCUCAUUGGCCUUGUUGAUCUUCCCAAGCUACAGUCCUCUGCGUUCUAGAUCUUCUUUAAGUGAUGGAUCCACUUACAGGCCCACUGGAGUCAUAUCCCGAAAUAUUCUGAAUAAAGUGGGUUCUUCUGAGGUGCUGGAACCUCCAGGACUGGAUGACACUCAGUACAAGCCGAAACCAGAAGAAAAAACAAUGGAGAAUCAUGAUUUGCCCCCCACCAUCACAGAUCUGAAAGGGGCUGACGUAGACACGGAAGGUGUGAGGCUCGUUCAGGAAAGGCAGAUUUCAGAAGUGAGGGUUCCCCUAGAAGCAGAACCCAGAGCUUCCUCAGAGAAUGGAGUAUUACUGGCACAAGAAGAGAACUCGUAUAGCAAAGAUUAUUCAAAGACAGCUCGUGCAGAUGAGAUGUGAGUGCCUUUAACCUAGCCACCUGCUAGACAUGCUUUUAGGAGCAGAGGCUUGAGAAAAGAGACUAUGCACAUGCUUUUAGACACUGUGACACAGUGAUGGGCUAGCACUGUAUUUAUCCAGAGGACACAGUGAUGGGCUAGCACUGUAUUGAUCCAGAGGACACAGUGAUGGGCUAGCUCUGUAUUGAUCCAGAGGACACAGUGAUGGGCUAGCUCCAGAGGAGCGAGAGAAAAAAACUGCCAGUAAUUUUGAUUCAGUAAUUGUAUUCCCGAACAGAUGCAAAGAUAUACAAUGAGGUGCUUACAGACCUGCGGUACAGAUACAUGUUGGGUUAUACUGACAUCUACACAUACAAAUGGGCACGUACUUACUGGGAAAGCAGAGAUACAGCAGCUAAUAUAUGCUGAUCUACACAACAUAAUUAUCUCUUUAAGAAUACAGCUACAUACGUCAAUAUACACAAAAAUACAGCUAUAAUAUAGUCAGUGAUCUAUAAAACAAUAUAUAUAUUUAUCAAUAAAACAGAGUUAUACACAAUAAUAUAAAGUUACAUUAAACACAAGUGUGAUCAGCACAAGGAUCAACUACAUAAAAUAACAUUUCACAAACAGAUAUAAUGAUAAAAACAAAUGUGUUGAAUGAUUCUUUCAAGCACACACAUAAAAUGAUAGGAAACACAAACACAGUCGGGUCUAUUCCAAUCCAUUUGACAAGCUUCUGAAAGUACUGUGCAUAGGGACAUGGAACUCAAAAUUAAACUUUGUGAUUCAGAUAACGUUUGAAAUAAAAAAAACUUUCCACCUUUACUUCUAUUAUCAAAUUUACUAUUCUUGACAUUCUUUGCUGAAGAGCAUACCUAGAUAGACUCAGGAGUGUUAGAAAUUUUACAAAACUUUCCAAUUUACUUUUGUUAUCAAAUUUGCUGUUUUCUCUUGGUAUCCUCUAUUAAAACUUAGAUAAUUUCCAUGAGAGAAUACCUGUAUAGGCUUAGGAAUAUGCACGUCUUGAGCACUAUAUGGCAGUAGUUUUUUCAUCAAUGUAUAAUAUUGCUGAAAAUACUGCUAAAUAGUGUUUAAGGCACAUGCCUGCUCUGAGCAUAGAUAGGUAUGCUCUUUAACAAAGGAUACCAAGUAAAAAGCAAAGUUUAUAAUAAAAGUAUAUUGUAAUGUUGGUGUUGUUGUUUUUUAACUAUAGGCUCAGUCUGAAUCAUAGUUUAUUUUUGACGUUCAUGUCCCUUUAAUUAACUAGCCACUAUGUUUUACUUUAGUAUGGACCUUGUAUAGUUUUCUUCCAUACAGAAACACUUAGGGAACUCCCCCUUCAAUGAAAUUCAGAAAAAAAAGCUGACUCUUCCAUUUGCCCUAUUUGCAUGUAAGAAAACUGCGCUUCCAAUUGAAUGAGUUCAUAACAAAGUUUUAGCACAGCAACCAAAUGGAUUGGAAUGGAAGUCAGGGUUAUCCAAGAUCAGUCUUCAAGGGCCACAAAAGGACCGGCAUCACAUUAUUUCUAUGACUGUGACAAUCAAAAUAACUAAAUCAGAAUAAUUUUUCAAAAUGGUUGUAUAAAGUCCAGAUACAGUCUACACAAAUCAGCUUUAUGGUAGCAAAGAGUAGACACGUUAGUUCAGUAGUACAAAUGCAAACUAAAUGACAAUUGUGGAAUAUUGUGUCAUCUUCUUAUUAGAUUUCUUGUCCCUCUAUAUGUAAUAUACCCUCUACAAAUUACACUUGCUGUUUUCUGAUUCUUAAACUGGAAGUGCACACGGUAUCUAGGGAUACGUCAUAUUGGUCAGAGCUACAGGUACUGUGCACGUGUUUCAAACGGUACGUGUCUGCGGACAGCCAUAACCCUCACUGUUACUUGCUUUGUUUAUGUGGCUCUUACUGGGUUCAUUUCCUGAUAUUCAGAGAUCUUUUUUUAUAAUAUUUAUACUUAUAUUGAUUAUUUUGGGAACCAAUUAUGUCUUUGGCUGAGAAAACUAUUUGUAAUAUAAUUUAAUAAAAAUGUUCCAUUUGUAUUAUUAA